AUGCUAAACUACUAUCACAGAUUCUUACCAAAUGUGGCAACGAUCCUAGAGCCACUACACAGACUACUACGACAGGGAACCAAGUGGGAGUGGGGAGAAGAGCAAAAGGCGGCAUUUGACUAUGCAAAAGAGCUCCUACAAUCAGCUGACUUACUCAUCCAUUUUGAUCCGACCAAGCCGUUAAUCUUAGCGACAGAUGCAUCGAAUUACGGAGUUGGGGCCGUUUUGUCACAUGUAUUUCCUGAUGGGACAGAAAAACCGAUAGCGUAUGCCUCAAGGUCUUUAAACGCAGCUGAGCGAAAUUAUUCGACAAUCGAAAAGGAAGCAUUGGCCACGAUUUUCGGCGUUAAGAAGUUUCACAAAUUUCUCUACGGACAGUCAUUUACCAUCAAAACAGACCAUAAGCCAUUAGAAGGGUUACUCAACGACAAAAAAGGAGUCCCCACUCAGGCAGCACCACGAAUUCAACGAUGGGCCCUCACACUAGCAGCAUACGAGUACAAGAUACAAUAUAAAGCCGGAAAAACAAUGGGAACGCAGAUGCAUUGA